UUAUUACGAUUACAUGCCCUUCCUAGCCCUCAUCAGCCAACCCUUGCAGCUUUGUUCUCUCUCCACUCCUCCCCUCCCCUCCCCUCCAUCUCUCUCUCACUCACUCACUCACACACACACACACACCAGUUCGGGGUUUCUUUCAAUUAAGAGGACGAGAAGGAAAUCGUUGAAGAGGAAAAACAAAGUAAUAAAAGGUUGUCAUUUCCCAAACAUGAGGUUGAUGGAUGGAGUUUCAAACCUUCGACUGCAAUAAAUUUUGGAUUGGACCCCACUUACGCACCGAAAAGGUUCCUCAAGAUGGUAGAACCUUCCAAAGUUAUUCACAUCCGUAAUGUUGGACAUGAAAUAUCAGAGCAUGACCUACAUCAGUUGGUGCAACCUUUUGGUGCUGUUAUGAAAGUUGUGAUGCUACGUGCAAAGAAUCAGGCUCUUCUGCAAAUGCAUGAUGUGGCUUCUGCUGUCAAUGCAUUGCAAUACUAUACAACCGUUCAGCCAAGUAUCAGGGGUAGAAAUGUUUAUAUUCAAUUCUCGUCUCAUCAAGAAUUGACAACAGCGGACCAAAAUGGUCAGGGACGCAAUAAUGGGGAUCAGGAUUCACAGACCAAUCGAAUACUCUUAGUUACAGUUCAUCACCUGCUCUAUCCUAUAACAGUGGAAGUGCUGCAUCAAGUGUUUUCCCCUUAUGGUUAUGUGGAGAAGAUUGUGACAUUUCAGAAGGCCGCCGGAUUUCAGGCCCUUAUUCAAUACGAAGCUUUCCAAAGUGCUGUUCAGGCCCGAACUGCUCUUCAGGGGCGCAAUAUCUAUGAUGGUUGCUGUCAGCUUGAUGUCCAAUUCUCAAAUCUCACCGAGUUGCAAGUGCACUUCAACAAUGAGAGAUCUAGGGACUUCACAAAUCCUUCCUUGCCUGCUGACCAGAAAGGAAGAUCAUCACAAGGAGCUAUGCAGCCUGGUUAUAAUGAUUCAGGGGGUCUAUAUGGCAUUCAACCUGGAGGAGGCAGGCCAGUGGCUUUUCCACAGGUGGGUGGGGUUGGUUUGGGCCCUAUCCAGAUGGGCGCUGCUUCAUCCAUUGCAGCUGCAUUUGGUGGAAACUUGCCUCCAGGAAUAACUGGCACUAAUGACAGAUGUACUCUCCUUGUUUCCAAUCUAAACCCUGAUAAAAUCUAUGAAGAUAAGCUUUUCAAUCUAUUUUCCAUAUAUGGAAAUAUAUUGCGCAUCAAAAUGUUGAAGAACAAACCUGAUCAUGCGCUUAUCCAAAUGGGAGAUGGUUUCCAAGCAGAAUUGGCUGUGCACUUCUUGAAGGGAGCCAUGCUAUUUGGGAAGCCUAUGGAUGUGAACUUCUCAAAGCACCCACACAUUACCCCUGGGACGGACACCCAUGACUACUCAGGCUCCACCCUCAACCGCUUCAACCGCAAUGCAGCCAAGAGCUAUCGCUACUGCUGCUCACCCACCAAGAUGAUCCACAUCUCCACCCUCCCUCCCGAGGUCACUGAGGAUGAGAUCGUGGCCCACGUCGAGGAGCAUGGGACUGUGGUUGGGAGCAAGCUGUUUGAGGUGAAUGGAAAGAAGCAGGCCCUUGUACUCUUUGACACCGAGGAGCAGGCCACUGAGGCCCUUGUAUGCAAGCAUGCUACCAACAUUGACCAUGCAGUCAUCCGCAUCUCCUUCUCUCAGCUCCCUAGCCUCUAGAAUCAUCGUAAUGCAGAUGCCCGCGGGUUCUAGAAUGUUUUAGAAUGCCCUUGCGAGGUGAGAGAGAUUGGGCUUUCCAAUCAUUUUCUUUUGUUGGUUUAUUUGCGGUAUGUUCAAGUUUAACAUUGAGCUUUCUGUAGGCCUUUUGUGUUUGUUUUCUUGAGUGGGUGUAGAGACUGAAUUUUGUUUUUUCUUGGCUAAAUAGGUAUUCAGAGCUUUGGGUUUAAGUUUCUAUAUUAA